CUUGUUUUGAAAGCCAAGCGACAGCAGUGUCUCGUUUGCCAUAACCCUCUGAAUCUGGAGAUAACUACAGGCAAGUGGUGUCUGUGUUAACCACUAAUAUGUCAUUAGAUCCAUGCGAUAACAUCAUACUAAUCACCGAUUCAUAUAAGAUCACUCAUUGGAAGCAAUACCCACCGAAGACAACGAGACUCUACUCAUACUUCGAGAGCAGAGGCGGACGUUUCGAUAACACCGUCUUCUUUGGUCUUCAAUACAUACUCAAGAGAUAUCUGUGCGGACGAGUCAUCACCGAUGAGAAGAUCACUGAAGCCAAAGAGUUUUGUCGCAAACACUUUCAGAGGGAGAACCUGUUCAACGAAGACGGCUGGAAGCAUAUACUCCGUCAACACAAUGGUUACCUCCCACUGAAGAUUAAGGCAGUGUCCGAGGGAUCAGUUAUUCCCACGCAGAAUGUGUUGUUCACUGUGGAGAACACGGAUCCAGCGGUUCCAUGGAUUACUAAUUGGUCAGUGAGCUUGUGGUGA